AUGUACCCAGUGCUGCAGACUCCACAUGUGAUGGUUGCACAGGAAAGUCUUUUGUGGAAGUGGUGGGUGGAUGAGGCUGUGCCAGGACAUCUCUGCAUCCAGUCAGCAUCCCAAGAAGGGGCGUCUGUCCUGGGGAGAAGCCAUAGGACAGAGGAAUAUAAACUCGAAGCAGUGCCUGGGCAGAGUGAUGGAUACAGGCAGCUGUCCCACUGCCAGGCCCACAUCGGCACACUCAAAGCUGGCUACCGUCAGGCUACCAUGGUCCAUGCCCAGUGGAAAAAAUGCUGUAAGGGUUAUAAGUUUGUUCUUGGACAGUGCAUCCCUGAAGACUAUGACGUCUGUGCUGAAGCUCCCUGUGAACAGCAAUGCACAGAUAAUUUUGGGCGAGUCUUAUGCACUUGCUACCCUGGGUACCGCUAUGAUCGCGAGAGGCACAGGAACAGAGAGAAGCCUUAUUGCCUGGAUAUCGAUGAGUGUGCCACGAGCAACGGGACUCUGUGCUCUCAGAUCUGUGUCAACACCUUGGGCAGCUACAGGUGUGAGUGUCACGAGGGCUAUAUCCGGGAGGAGGAUGGCAAGACGUGCACCAAAGGAGAUAAAGCUGUGCUUCCAGAGAAAUCUGAAAAUGUGGCGAAACCAGGGACAUGCUGUGCCUCUUGUAAGGAAUUUCAUCAAAUAAAGCAGACGGUUUUACAGCUGAAGCAAAAGGUUGCUUUGCUACCAAACAAUGCUGCUGAUCUUAGCAAGCAAAUCACUGGUGAAAAAGUGCUUGCAUCUAAUGCAUAUAUUCCUGGUCCCCCAGGCCAGCCUGGCCAACAAGGCCCUCCAGGGGCUCCAGGACCGAAAGGGAGCCAAGGAGUUCCUGGGUUACCUGGACCUCCUGGACAGCCAGGCCCUCGUGGAUCCAUGGGACCUAUGGGCCCAUCUCCAGACAUAUCACAUAUUAAGCAGGGCAGACGGGGCCCCGUGGGCCCACCUGGAGCCCCAGGGAGAGAUGGUAGCAAGGGGGAGCGAGGUGCACCAGGACCAAAGGGGAUACCUGGCCCACCAGGUUCGUUUGAUUUCCUAUUGCUGAUGAUGGCAGACAUCAGAAAUGACAUCGCUGAGCUGCAAGAGAGAGUGUUUGGACACAGGACUCAUUCAUCAACAGAGGAAUUUCCAUUACCUCAGGAAUUUACAAACUAUCAUGAUACAGUAGAUUUUGGAUCUGGAGAAGACUACAAACCACGGGCAGCACCCAGAAACUCCAGGAUACAGAAGGCAGACCAUCCUUAGCUAUGCCUACUGAAAAAUAAAGCCCCUUUAGAAUUCUUCAAUAUAAAAGAUGCACUGACAAUGUAAAAUAUAUAUAUAUAUUAUUUCUCAGUUUUCUUUCUGCUUUUUCUGGACCAUGCUGCCUGUACUGUAGCUUUCCUGGUUCAUGGUAGCCUCCUUGCAGUAAUUUCAUACCAUCAAGCCUGCACUGUGCAUUGUACCUAUACUAUCAAGAAAACCUUCUUAGUAUAUAAUAUGACUAAGGCAUGCUCUAGCUAAUAAUCCAGACCACAGCAUUCCAUCUGCCUACCUUGCAUUCUAUUUCCAAAUGACCCAAAUCUUGCUAGGGACAGAGGGGUAGCUGAACAUCAUCCCUGAAUGAUGCCAAUAAUGAAAACCCUGAUCCACAGUUAUUUUAUAAAUGCAAAUAUAUUAUACCACUGAAGUCAAGUUUCCAGCUACUGUCCCCAGGCUUAGGACAGUGUGAGAAGUGGAUCCCUGUUUCACAGCAGAGGCCAGUUGUAAGUGAGAUAUUGUCUUCUAUUAUGUCCCAUUGUGGCAGAAAAAGGAAAAAAAAUGGUGAAGCAGUGAUACAAGGGUGCUACUGCUUGAUCUGGAAAUUAUUAGGCUUUGUGUUGCUAGAGUAUCAUUCAAAGACAGUCAAAAGAUGUUCAUCCUAAACUAACACUACUUUUUCCUUACCAUUGUCCCACUGCUCAGUGUGAAGGCCAGUUUCCUUUCUCAACAGAUUCAUGUUGAAUACACUGCACAAAAAUGAGCAAGAUAAAAGGGGAUGUUUUAAACAGGAAAACCAAUCAUAAGUGAAUCAGGCAGGCUUAUUGGCAAGCACAAAAUCAAUCCCAGCCUUGCAGAAAGAGUCAGAGUCUGACCUCCUGCAGGUUCAUGUCUUCCUUGGUGAAAUUGAAGCCUGAGUGAAAUCGACACCAGAGAGAGGCCUCAUGUUUGCAAAGAGCUUCCAUCUGUUUUGUUCCACUGCUGCAUGAGAUCAACCUAAAUGGCUUUCACCGAACUGGAACACAGAGUGGCAGCGUACUUGGCUGGGUAUAUGGAAGAGUAUGAGUAGGUGCAGGAGUGCACAUGACAAAACAUUUCAACAGGUACGAGGAUGGCUAAGUGAGGUACUGCACAUGGGAUCCUGUAUUUGUGAAUGGGGAUAAAAGGGAGUGCCCUUUAUUUACACUGGAAGAUUGGAUGCACAAGUUAGACCAUACCUCAUGGAUGAUGUAUGUUACCAUUUCUUUUGGAUUUCCACAGCUCCUGAGGACUUUGCCAUGAUUGGAAUAUAAAGGAGUAUAUUAAGCACAAAAUUUCAAUGUUGUAUCUGUGUGGCUGCUACUUCUACAGUAUGUCUAGUGCUCAGUGGUGUCCAUGUUACAAAUGCAAAGAAAAUCUUGUUAUUUUGCUGUGUUUUUCAGGGCUUGGAUGUUCUAAUAGAAUAAAUACAGAUAAAAAUAUAAGCAAAGCCUUUUCAGAUAACACAUAAAGGUUUGGAUUCCCUUCCAUAUUUUCUAGGCCAAAAGAUAGUUGGUGUAAUCCUGACACCACCAGUACAGGUCAUGUGGUGUAAACAGUUGGCUCUCUAGACCUUUCAUGUCUGUUGUGUGGUGUCUUAAGAGAAUGUAUUAAUUCCUGUAGCUGUUUCCCAGCUUCUCACUAUCACUAAGCCAUAAGCAAGGGCAUUAACCUUUAAGAACAUGAGUAUUCUGUAUUCCUCUUCACGUUAUGUCUUUAUCAGUAUUUACAAAGCAAUGUCUAAGUCACAGGCAUAGCUGAAAAAAAAGAUUGUGGUCUUACCCUGUGUCCUUGGGUUUCUCCUCAGUCUGGGAGGACAUCUGCCAGCAGCUGCAGACCCAAGUAGACUUGUGAACCACAUCAUAAGGGAGACUUGAGGAAGGAACUUGUUGCCAAAAGAGGGAUGGUCUUAUAUGCAGCAGGCUGAAAGAAACCUCAAAGACAGCAUAAACUGAGGCUUUUAUGUCGUAUUUUCUUGAUUUCAAGCAGGCAACUAAGUAUAAAUUGCAUCAUUUAUGAAUAUGCAAUUUUAGUUAAAUUUGUUCGGUGUCAAAUGUUGUAUUUUAAAAUCUUGCAAAUUGUGUAACUCUUGCAUAUGUUUACCAGUACACCUCAUCACCUGCUGGGCCAAGUUGGUUCCCACUAGAGAAUUAGUAGCUGAAGAUUUUUGACCAUCACUUACAAAAUGACAUAACUUAUGUUAGAUGUGCCACUUCCUACAUAUCAACUAGAUUCUAUUGCCCCCUGCCCACAAGAUGUUGUAUUCUAAAAAAGGCACUUAUUUUAGUUCUAAGCUCUGCUUUUUCAAAUAUAGAAACAUACCAAAUGAGAAGUUCCCACAAUUUGACUGUCAAAUUCAGGGAGAGGCGACAAUUGCCCUGCUGUGCAUAAGUAUCCAGGGAAGGAAAAUUCUGAGACUGGACCAGAAAAGUAGAUAAAACACAUGCUUUGCUGUAAGUACAGAGAGUUGUUCUACAGGUUCAUGACUAAAAAUAUAGCAUAUGUUUACGUGACUUUCUGAAUAGAAAUUUCAGUGUCUUCCCUUUCUGGAGUUAGCAUCAUCGGUUUUCACAGCCUAGAGCUGGAUUUCCAACAGAUGAGUUUACUCCAUUAAAAAAAGGUGACAGAAAGUGCUCCUUGGGCUUGUCCUUGUCUUUCACCCUUCUCAGUCCAGACUUUCUUCCCCAAAGCUGUUCUAGUCCCAGCAACAAGGGGGACACUAUGGCAAAGAGAAGUUCAGCCAACAUGGCACAGGAAUUCCUAGGGCAGAGAGAGCCCCUCUGAGCACAGAUGGCAGGGAAGGGUCAGCUUCCGCUCUGCGUCCAGCUAUGACCUUUCUCAUUUCUGAUUAACGGUAUGAUAACUUUCAUAACACAUUGUAUCAGCAACAUUUCAUUAAGAUUUCUGGAUAAACACAUAAAGACACUCAGAAAAGUGUCAUUUUCUUCAGCUUACCCAACGUUUUAUAACACCAGCACAGAGGAAUCAUUUCCAGUUUAAGUUUCAUUACAGGGUAGCCAGAGAAGUCAUUACCUUUCAAAUUAUUUAUUACUCUGUGGCUCCAAAAAUAACAAACUUUCCCAAGAAUCCAAAACAAGAAAGUAGAAACUUCUACACUCAUGUCUAGUCUCAUUACUAGGCUCAUGCACAUGACAACUUUGUUUCAUAUAAAUAUUAUGUAUAAUUUUAUUAGAAAGAAAUAUUAUUUUGAUGUUAAGACAUCAAGUUAUAAGCAGAAGGAUAAUAAAGAAUUUGUUAUUUUAUUAAUAUUAGAAAUAUAUUUAAUGGAAACAUUUGCAAGAGUGUGUAGUGGUGGGAAAAUGCUGAUUGUUAAUGGGAUUAACAAAAUCAUGAAUCUUGAAAAAUGUUUUCUUUCAACACUGUGCCAAGUACAUACAGGUUUAGUCUUUUUUGCAAAGCUGUAAUUCUGGCAUGGAAGAAUUUUUAUAUCGUCACGCUAAAUCAGGAAAAGAAGAGGAAAAUUGAUUGUAAAUGGAAUUAGGGUAAUGCCUGGAGUUAUUAUUGGCAUCACAGCUUACCUAGCCUUCUUCCUAGAAGUGUUUCAGAGUUAAUAUGCCAAGUCCCAGAGCAGCAACAAAAGAUGGGGGUGGAGUCCAAGUCUCUUAAUUUCACAUUAAAAUCCGUAUGUUUGUUCCUAUUACACAUUCCAAUACUUAUACUGUUCACUUUAUUUAUAUAUGAAAUACUAAAAUGUGUAUAAGAUGACUGUGAUUUUAUGAUGUAUUCAUAAUAACAAAGAUAUUUUUUCUUA